CACACACACACACACACACACACACACACCCCGCAAAAGGAAAAAAGAGGCAGCAGAAAUCUCAGCUGUACUUCUAGCCCUUUUAAAAAGUUUGCUCUGUAAAUUGGAAUGAGGUCAGAUUUGGAGCUUCUCAUUGCACGCGGAGAUUAUUAUUGCAUCGGGUUCCAAGCCAAUGGGAAGCACAGGGGAGGGGCUUGGCACGAGGAAGCGUUGGUUACAGCGGCUGAUUGGCCCCGGCCAAGACUGUGAAAGGAUAAAGAGGCGCGAGGCGGAAUUGGGGUCUGCUCUAAGCUGCAGCAAGAGAAACUGUGUGAGGGGAGGAGGCCUGUUUCGCUCCCGGGUCUCUAGUUCUUGCACGCUCUUUAAGAGUCUGCAUUGGAGGAACUCUGCCAUUACCAGCUCCCUUCUUGCAGAAGGGAGGGGGAAACAUACAUUUAUUCAUGCCAGUCUGUUGCAUGAAGGCUUUUUGGCUUCCUACCUUGCAACAAAAUUGCACAAACUCCUUAGUGCCGAUUCCGCCCACUGAGAGUCCUGGAGCCAGAGUCUUUUUUGCUUUGCAUUGUAGGAAAGGGACUAAAUCAUAGAGACGAUGUCGCUUUCCUGAGCUCCUCAGAGCGCUUGUGAACUGGAAUCAACUGCUUCAGGGGAAGAAGAAGAAGAAAAAAGACUUGUUGGGGAGGCGGCGAGAAACUUGCAUUGAAGCUUCAGCAACCAGCAUUCAAGAAACUCCUCUCCACUUUAGCACGGUCUCCAGACUCAGAGCCAAGAGACAGAGCAAACUGCGGCGCGGUGAGAGAGAGAGAGAGAGAACGAGACAGAGAGGGACAGUCUCCAGCCUGGGAACUAUAACUCCCCUGCAAGAGGCGCAGGACUCCUUCCUUGCAUCUUUUGGAGACUUUCCUCUCCCACCUCCGCCGCGGCCAGGAGUGGAGGGGCCCGCUCGGCCGCCGCGCGCCUCCUCCCGCUUGGCGUGCGCUUGGCUCAGGGAGCCGACAGGGCCCGGCGAUAGCGCCGCGGCCGCCGCAAGGCUGUGAGCGCGCGUGGGCGCCCGCGGAGCCGGGGCCAUGGUGCAGCAAACCAACAACGCCGAGAACACGGAAGCGCUGCUGGCCGGCGAAAGCUCGGACUCGGGCGCCGGCCUCGAGCUGGGCAUCGCCUCGUCCCCCACGCCCGGCUCCACCGCCUCCACGGGCGGCAAGGCCGACGACCCGAGUUGGUGCAAAACGCCGAGCGGGCACAUCAAGCGGCCCAUGAACGCCUUCAUGGUGUGGUCGCAGAUCGAGCGGCGCAAGAUCAUGGAGCAGUCGCCCGACAUGCACAACGCCGAGAUCUCCAAGCGGCUGGGCAAACGCUGGAAGCUGCUCAAAGACAGCGACAAGAUCCCUUUCAUUCGGGAGGCGGAGCGGCUGCGCCUCAAGCACAUGGCUGACUACCCCGACUACAAGUACCGGCCCAGGAAGAAGGUGAAGUCCGGCAACGCCAACGCCAGCUCCUCGGCCGCGGCCGCCUCCAAGCCUGGAGAGAAGGGCGACAAGGUCGGUGGCAGCGGCGGGGGCGGCCACGGGGGCGGCGGCGGCAGUGGGAGCAGCAACGCGGGGGGCGGAGGCGGCGGCGCGAGCGGCGGCGGCGCCAACUCUAAACCAGCGCAGAAAAAGAGCUGCGGCUCCAAGGUGGCAGGCGGCGGGGGCAGCAAGCCGCACGCCAAGCUCAUCCUGGCGGGCGGCGGCGGCGGCGGGAAAGCGGCGGCCGCCUCCUCUUUCGCUGCUGAGCAGGCGGGGGCCGCCGCCCUGCUGCCCCUGGGCGCCGCGGCCUCCGACCACCACUCGCUGUACAAGGCGCGGACUCCGGGCGCCGCCGCCUCCGCGGCGGCCUCGGCCCCCACCGCGCUCGCGGCUCCGGGCAAGCCCCCGGCGGAGAAGAAGGUGAAACGCGUUUACCUGUUCGGCGGCCUGGGCGCGGCAGCGUCGCCCGCGGGCGGCGUGGGUGCGGCCACCGACCCCAGCGACCCCCUGGGCCUGUACGAAGAGGGGGGCGCGGGCUGCCCGCCCGACGGGCCGAGCCUGAGCGGCCGCAGCAGUGCCGCCUCGUCGCCGGCCGCCAGCCGCUCUCCCGCGGACCACCGCGGCUAUGCCAGCCUGCGCGCCGCCUCGCCCGCGCCGUCCAGCGCGCCCUCGCACGCGUCCUCCUCGGCCUCGUCUCACUCCUCCUCCGCCUCCUCCUCCGCGGGCUCCUCGGCCUCCGACGACGAAUUCGAGGACGACCUGCUCGACCUGAACCCCAGUUCAAACUUUGAGAGCAUGUCCCUGGGCAGUUUCAGCUCGUCGUCGGCGCUGGACCGAGACCUGGACUUCACCCUGGAGCCGGGCUCGGGCUCGCACUUCGAGUUCCCGGACUACUGCACACCCGAGGUCAGCGAGAUGAUCUCGGGGGACUGGCUGGAGUCCAGCAUCUCCAACCUGGUCUUCACCUACUGAUGGCGCGCGUUGGAGAGGAGGUCCGGGGCGACAGAGGGAGAAAAAGUGGACAGAGAGAGAGUUGAAAGAGAAAAGGGAAAAUAAAGAAAAAAAAAGGAAAAGGAAAAAAAAAAGUGAUAAGCGGGGCCGGCUCGGGCGCGUGGCGGUCGCCGGAGAGGAGCGCGCGGCGUUUGGGGACCCGCGCUCCCAUCCCCCACAUCCUCCGGGGACGCGGCGGAGAGGAGGGAGACGGGCGACCUUUUGUUGUUGUUGUUGAUGUUGUUGUGAUGGCGAAAAAGCUCCUUUGAGUGUCCUCCCCUUUGCGUGAAGAGACCCCCUCCCCAUUUGCUCCCGGGCUUCCGGACUGGUCUGCACCCCAGCGAAAAGCCGAGUUGGGAGUUUUCUCGAGACUGAAGGAAUCUCAUCCCUUUUCUCAUCGCCCCCUUGGUGUUCUUACUUUGUUUUUUUUCUUGGUCAAGAAAGGAGGGGGGUUAAAACAAAAUCCAUCGCACCUCUGGGGAUUUUGUCCCUAGCACCCCGCCCCCCAUUUUUCCCUGAAGACGCAAGGCUGGGGAGGCUGGUUUGACCGACGGCAGAUGUUUUGGGGCCGCGUAGUCUCGAGCGCCGGGACCGAGAGACUCCACGUUGGCCAGUGCCCGUUCCCCUCCCUUUUUCUUUAUUUUUUUUCUUGCCCCCCCUCCACCCUUCACCUUCCACCCCACCCCACCCCCCCGCCGCCGGAGAUGUGGAGUGACCGGCGCUCGGAAAUGGCCUGAGAACCUGGUUGGAAGAAGCCACACCAGCGAGGGCGGGGGGCGGGGGCGACAAGAACGCAGACUGAAAGGGGGCGAAUAAACUGAGAUGCAUUUGCACGUUGGGGAGAAGGUGGCGGCGGCUCCGGGCCCCCGUCUUCCACGUGGAUGAAAAAAGCGAGGGGACCUCCCGGGCCCGCGGGAGGAGAGGCGACUGUUGGAUGUGGUCCCGGGCAGUGGAGGGCGAGUGGUUUCGGGGGAAAAAAAAAGCUUUUUCUUCUCUUAAUCGGAAUCGUGAUGGUGUUGGAUUAUUUCACUGGUGGGGUUACUAUAGCAUGUUCUCCUGUCUAUCUUUUAAAGAUUUCUGUAUGAGACUGUUGAGCAGUUUUUAAAAUAGGGUAGGAUAAUAUAAAAAGCAGAUAGAUGGCGCUCUGUUUGAUUCCUACAACAAAAUUAUCACCAGCUUUUUUUCAUUCUUAACUCUUUAAAGGAUUCAAACGCAACUCAAAUCUGUGCUGGACUUUAAAAAACAAUUCAGGACCAAAUUUUUUCUCAGUGUGUAUGUGUUUAUUCCUUCUAGGUGUAAAUGAGAAGACGUGUUUUUUUCCCUCACCGAUGCUCCAUCCUCGUAUUUCUUUUUCUUGUAAAUGUAAUCAGAUGCCAUUUUAUAUGUGGACGUAUUUAUACUGGCCAAACAUUUUUUCUUACUUUGUCCCUUUUUUUCUUAUUUUUCUUUUUACUUAUUUCUUCCUUCCUUUUUGUUUUUUCUAUUUUUUUUUCGCUUUUUUUUUUUUUUGGUAGUUGUUGUUACCCACGCCAUUUUACGUCUCCUUCACUGAAGGGCUAGAGUUUUAACUUUUAAUUUUUUAUAUUUAAAUGUAGACUUUUGACACUUUUAAAAAAACAAAAAAAGACAAGAGAGAUGAAAACGUUUGAUUAUUUUCUCAGUGUAUUUUUGUAAAAAAUAUAUAAAGGGGGUGUUAAUCGGUGUAAAUCGCUGUUUGGAUUUCCUGAUUUUAUAAUAGGGCGGCUGGUUAAUAUCUCACAGUUUAAAAAAUCAGCCCCUAAUUUCUCCAUGUUUACACUUCAAUCUGCAGGCUUCUUAAAGUGACAGUAUCCCUUAACCUGCCACCAGUGUCCACUCUUCCACCCCAGGCUCAUGAAAAGGGGAGGAGAAUUAGCCAAACACUGUAUGCUUUUAAGAACAACACCUUUUUAAAAAAUAAAAUACUGUUCUGUCCAGAGGCUUUAAAACUGGUGCAUUUACAGCAAAAAGGGAUCCUGUAGCUUUAACUUGUAAACCACAUCUUUUUUGCACUUUUUUUAUAAGCAAAAACGUGCCGUUUAAACCACUGGAUCUAUCUAAAUGCCGAUUUGAGUUCGCGACACUAUGUACUGCAUUUUUCAUUCUUGUAUUUGACUAUUUAAUCCUUUCUACUUGUCGCUAAAUAUAAUUGUUUUAGUCUUAUGGCAUGAUGAUAGCAUAUGUGUUCAGGUUUAUAGCUGUUGUGUUUAAAGAUUGAAAAAAGUGGAAAACAUCUUUGUACAUUUAAGUCUGUAUUAUAAUAAGCAAAAAGAUUGUGUGUAUGUAUGUUUAAUAUAACAUGACAGGCACUAGGACGUCUGCCUUUUAAGGCAGUUCCGUUAAGGGUUUUUGUUUUUAAACUUUUUUUUGCCAUCCAUCCUGUGCAAUAUGCCGUGUAGAAUAUUUGUCUUAAAAUUCAAGGCCACAAAAACAAUGUUUGGGGGAAAAAAAUAAAAAAUCAUGCCAGCUAAUCAUGUCAAGUUCACUGCCUGUCAGAUUGUUGAUAUAUACCUUCUGUAAAUAACUUUUUUUGAGAAGGAAAUAAAAUCAGCUGGAACUGAACCCUAAA